AUGAAGAGGCUCCGAGGUUUCAAGAUCUGUCACAGAUUCGUCAAGAUCUUCAAAUGGAUCAUCCCAAGUAGAAGAACCCAAACCGGGAAACGCCAAAGUCUAACCAGACUUCUCAACCCGGUUUCAAGAUUCUGCUCUUUAGCACGGUGUCUACGUCGUGGAGCAAGUAGACUUUGCGGAGGGAUAAAAACAGUUCAGACCCGGUUGGGUAACGAACCGAAGUCGCUGGCUGUUCCCAAAGGUCAUUUAGUGGUUCACGUGGGAGAAUCAAAGGAUGAUACACGACGCGUGGUGGUUCCAGUGGUUUACUUUAACCAUCCUCUGUUCGGAGAGUUGCUGGAGCAGGCGGAGCGGGUUUACGGGUUUGACCAACCGGGUCGGUUUACGAUACCUUGUCAAGUAUCGGAUUUUGAGCAGGUUCAGAUGAAGAUCGCUGCAUGGGAUCAUUGCCGACGGAAGUGGAGUUUCAAGAUUCUCUAGCGUUGACUUACUAAAAAUAAAUAAUUUUAGCUUUUUUAUUUUUAACUUCCUGAGAAUAAAGUCAAAUGUCAAGGAGAGAGAUGGGAACUUUCCCUACAGUUUGCGUAUAUCAAAGUAUGUUUUCGUCCCAAUCCUGUGUAACGAGC